AUGGCGGCGGCCGCCGGCGGGCCGUGUGUGAGGAGCAGUAGAGAACUGUGGACAAUUCUUCUUGGAAGGUCAGCUCUGAGAGAGUUGAAUCAGAUUGAGGCAGAACUGAGUAAACAUUGGCAGCGAUUGUUAGAGGGGCUUUCUUACUACAAACCUCCCAGCCCAAGUUCAGCUGAAAAAGUGAAAGCUAAUAAAGAUGUAGCUUCUCCACUGAAGGAACUGGGUUUAAGAAUCAGCAAGUUUUUGGGUCUUGAUGAAGAGCAGAGUGUGCAGUUACUCCAGUGUUACCUUCAGGAGGAUUACAGGGGUACUCGGGACUCACUGAAGACGGUACUGCAAGAUGAGAGACAGAGCCAGGCCUUAAUCCUGAAGAUUGCAGAUUAUUACUAUGAAGAAAGAACCUGUAUUCUUCGUUGUGUCUUACACCUGCUCACUUAUUUCCAAGAUGAAAGACACCCCUAUCGAACUGAGCGCCAGGUGUCUCGCUGGUUUGUUCAGUGCCUUCGGGAACAGUCCAUGCUGCUAGAAAUUAUUUUCCUUUAUUAUGCAUACUUUGAGAUGGCAUCUAGUGACCUGCUCAUAUUAACGAAGAUGUUUAAAGAGCAAGGAUUUGGUAGUAGGCAGACCAAUAGGCACCUGGUAGAUGAGACCAUGGAUCCUUUCGAUGUAAUUGACACAGCAUGUGAAGUCCUGGCAGACCCUUCUCUUCCAGAACUGUUCUGGGGAACAGAGCCAACCUCUGGUCUUGGGAUCAUUCUGGACAGUGUAUGUGGAAUGUUUCCCCACCUGCUUUCACCACUCCUGCAAUUGCUCCGAGCCCUCGUAUCAGGGAAGUCCACUGCCAAAAAGGUGUAUAGUUUCUUAGAUAAGAUGUCUUUCUACAAUGAACUUUAUAAGCACAAGCCCCAUGAUGUGAUCUCCCAUGAAGAUGGAACACUUUGGCGGAGACAAACACCCAAACUCCUUUACCCUCUUGGGGGUCAGACCAACCUUCGCAUACCUCAAGGCACGGUGGGCCAAGUAAUGCUGGAUGACAGGGCUUACCUGGUGCGCUGGGAAUACUCCUAUAGCAGCUGGACCCUCUUUACCUGUGAGAUUGAAAUGCUGCUUCAUGUUGUUUCAACUGCAGAUGUGAUUCAGCACUGCCAGCGAGUCAAACCCAUCAUUGAUCUGGUCCAUAAGGUCAUCAGUACUGACCUGUCAAUAGCAGACUGUCUUCUGCCCAUCACGUCCCGCAUCUACAUGCUGCUGCAGCGGUUAACAACAGUGAUCUCCCCACCUGUAGAUGUCAUUGCUUCUUGUGUCAACUGCUUGACUGUUUUGGCUGCCCGGAAUCCAGCAAAGGUCUGGACUGAUCUUCAUCACACAGGUUUUUUACCAUUUGUGGCCCACCCUGUCUCCAACAUGAGUCAGAUGAUCAGUGCGGAGGGGAUGAAUGCUGGAGGGUAUGGAAACCUCUUGAUGAAUAGUGAACAGCCCCAGGGCGAGUAUGGGGUCACUAUUGCCUUUCUGCGCUUGAUCACCACCCUUGUCAAGGGGCAGCUCGGCAGUACACAGAGCCAAGGACUUGUUCCCUGUGUAAUGUUUGUGCUGAAGGAGAUGCUUCCCAGCUACCACAAGUGGCGCUACAACUCUCAUGGUGUGAGGGAACAGAUCGGUUGCCUGAUCCUGGAGCUGAUUCAUGCGAUACUGAACCUGUGCCAUGAGACAGACCUGCACAGCAGUCACACUCCUAGCCUGCAGUCUCUCUGCAUCUGCAGUCUGGCCUACACAGAAGCAGGACAGACAGUUAUUAAUAUCAUGGGCAUUGGCGUGGACACCAUUGACAUGGUGAUGGCUGCUCAGCCCCGAAGUGAUGGGGCAGAGGGCCAGGGGCAGGGCCAGCUGCUGAUCAAGACAGUGAAACUGGCAUUCUCCGUCACCAACAAUGUUAUUCGGCUGAAACCUCCUUCUAAUGUGGUGUCCCCCCUGGAACAGGCUCUCACACAACAUGGUGCUCAUGGGAACAACCUCAUUGCUGUUCUAGCCAAGUACAUCUACCACAAACAUGACCCUGCUUUGCCACGUCUUGCCAUUCAGCUGCUGAAACGUCUGGCCACGGUGGCCCCAAUGUCAGUGUAUGCUUGCCUGGGCAAUGAUGCGGCAGCCAUACGUGAUGCCUUCCUGACCCGACUGCAGAGCAGGAUUGAGGAUAUGCGCAUCAAAGUCAUGAUUUUGGAAUUCCUCACGGUUGCAGUAGAGACCCAGCCAGGCCUUAUUGAACUGUUUCUGAAUCUGGAGGUGAAGGAUGGGAGUGAUGGCUCCAAGGAAUUUAGCCUUGGGGUGUGGAGCUGCCUCCAUGCAGUGCUAGAGCUGAUUGAUUUCCAACAGCAAGAUCGAUACUGGUGCCCGCCUCUGCUGCAUCGUGCAGCCAUUGCCUUUCUGCAUGCCUUGUGGCAAGACCGUCGGGACAGUGCCAUGUUGGUCCUGCGAACCAAACCCAAGUUUUGGGAGAAUUUAACUAGUCCGCUGUUUGGAACCCUUUCUCCUCCCUCAGAAACAUCUGAGCCCAGUAUCCUGGAAACCUGUGCUCUAAUCAUGAAGAUAAUUUGCUUGGAGAUAUACUAUGUAGUUAAGGGUUCGUUAGACCAGUCAUUAAAAGAUACACUCAAGAAAUUUUCCAGCGAGAAACGCUUUGCCUACUGGUCAGGGUAUGUCAAAUCCUUGGCAGUUCACACAGCUGAAACAGAGGGCAGCAGCUGUACCUCCUUGUUAGAGUAUCAGAUGCUGGUCUCCGCCUGGAGGAUGCUUCUCAUCAUCGCCACCAGUCAUGCAGAUAUAAUGCACCUGACCGACUGUGCAGCGCGUCGACAGCUCUUUCUUGAUGUACUUGAUGGGACCAAAGCGUUACUCCUAGUUCCGGCCUCCGUGAACUGCCUCCGCCUCGGCUCCAUGAUGUGCACUCUGCUGCUCAUCCUCCUCCGGCAGUGGAAGAGAGAGUUAGGUUCUGUGGAUGAAAUCCUUGGACCCCUGACGGAGAUCCUGGAGGGAGUGCUGCAGGCAGACCAGCAACUGAUGGAGAAGACCAAGGCCAAGGUGUUCUCAGCGUUCAUCACAGUGUUACAGAUGAAGGAGAUGAAAGUAAGUGACAUACCCCAGUACUCCCAGCUGGUGCUGAACGUCUGUGAGACCCUCCAAGAAGAGGUGAUUGCACUCUUUGACCAAACUCGCCACAGUCUGGCAUCAGGCAGUGCCACAGAGGACAAGGAUAGCAUGGAGACCGAUGACUGCUCUCGGCCCCGACACAAGGACCAGCGUGAUGGGGUGUGUGUCCUGGGCUUGCACCUGGCCAAGGAGCUGUGUGAGGUAGAUGAGGAUGGUGACUCAUGGCUGCAGGUGACCCGCAGGCUCCCCAUUCUGCCCACCCUGCUCACCACCCUGGAGGUGAGUCUUCGCAUGAAGCAGAACCUGCACUUCACUGAGGCUUCAUUGCACCUGCUCCUCACCCUGGCUCGCACCCAGCAGGGAGCCACAGCAGUGGCUGGAGCUGGCAUCACUCAGAGCAUUUGUUUGCCCCUCCUGAGCGUGUACCAGCUCAGCACCAAUGGCACAGUGCAGACACCUAGUGCCUCUAGGAAGUCUGUGGAUGCCCCCUCUUGGCCGGGUGUCUACCGCCUGUCCAUGUCCUUGAUGGAGCAGCUGCUCAAAACUCUGCGGUACAACUUCCUGACCGAGGCCCUGGACUUUGUGGGUGUCCACCAGGAGCGGACCUUACAGUGCCUCAACGCGGUAAGGACAGUGCAGAGUCUGGCCUGCCUGGAGGAGGCGGACCACACUGUGGGCUUUAUUCUGCAGCUGUCCAACUUCAUGAAGGAAUGGCACUUCCACCUGCCUCAGCUUAUGCGUGAUGUCCAGGUCAACCUGGGUUACUUGUGCCAGGCCUGCACCUCCCUCCUGCACAGCCGCAAGAUGCUGCAGCACUACUUACAGAACAAAAAUGGAGAUGGCCUCCCCUCAGCUGUCACCCCUCGAGUCCAGCGACCGCCCACCGCUGCUAUGGCUACACCUGCUGCUCCUGCCUGCUGCUCUUCCUCCAAGCAGCCCACUGCUGACACAGAGGCCUCAGAGCAGCGGGCCUUGCACACGGUCCAGUACGGCCUUCUCAAGAUCCUAAGCAGGACCCUCGCAGCCCUGCGCCACUUCACCCCAGAUGUCUGCCAGAUUCUGCUGGACCAGUCGCUGGAUCUUGCUGAAUACAACUUCCUGUUUGCCCUGAGCUUUACCACCCCCACCUUUGAUUCUGAAGUAGCCCCCUCCUUUGGGACCCUUCUGGCCACAGUGAAUGUGGCCCUCAACAUGCUUGGAGAGCUGGACAAGAAAAAGGAGCCCCUCCCCCAGGCUGUGGGGCUCAGCACACAGGCAGAAGGGACCAGGACAUUAAAGUCUCUCCUGAUGUUUACCAUGGAAAACUGCUUCUACCUGCUCAUCUCCCAGGCAAUGCGGUACCUUAGGGACCCGGCUGUGCACCCCCGGGACAAGCAGCGGAUGAAGCAGGAGCUCAGCUCAGAGUUGAGCACACUGCUCUCCAGCCUCUCGCGCUAUUUCCGCCGGGGAGCCCCCAGCUCCCCUGCUGCUGGCGUCCUCCCCUUACCACAGGCCAAGUCCAGCUCUCUCUCCAAAGCCAGCCCCGAGAGCCAGGAGCCUCUAAUCCAGCUGGUGCAGGCCUUUGUCCGUCACGUGCAAAGAUAGAGCAGUGGCAUGCUGCGCACCUACCACUCUCCAGCACCGUGGCCCUGGACAGUGGGGGUGCCGUGACUGCCGAGGCCAGUCUGCGACAGAGGACAGAUCCUGUCACCCUCUCCCCAGAGUGGCCACAACUCCUACCACCCGUCUGCUGACAUUAUUUUUGUAACAGAUUAAGAGGUCAACAGCAGGGGCGGGGAGCCAAGAGCCCCUUGUGCUUAGGUCCUCACAUUCAAAAUGCCCCAGAGAGGUGAAUUCCUAUCCGAGCAUUCCCCACAGCACUUGGCCGGCCCAGGGGAGAGGUGGGAGCUAGUGUGUGACAGUCCAGGAGAGAGGCUCUAGGCACGGGUUUGAAAAUCUGUUUUCCAUGAUCUGUACUUGCAGUUUUUUGGUAAUACUGUGGUCUAUUUAUACAAAUAUUAAAAUACUGUUUAUAGA